AUGGAUAACCGCACUGACGAGGGACAUCGUCCUCAAUACCCCGACUCCCGCUCUCCCCGUCAAACCACAGACUCCUACCGUCCGGGCGACCAGCAAAAACAAAGAAGCAUGGACGGAGAUGCAGGAUCAGACAGACCAUCCGCGCCAGUAUCCAAGCGCGAGAGAAUGCAGGAGCGACACCAGCGCCGCAAGCGCGGCCGCACACCUCCAUCCGUAUUCUCACGCCGGAACCGCUCCCGCAGUCCGGAUGGCUCAACACCACGCGAUGACAGAGAGAGACGACGCUCCCGAUCCCCUCUAGCGCCCCGUUCUCCUUCACCCGAGGCGCCUCGCCAGCGCAAGCGACCAGGUGGUGGUGCGCGCCAGGGUCUUGCAGACCGUGAAACACUCCGGCGGAGACAGGAGGAGCGCGAGCGCGCAGAGCAGGACGAUGCCUUGCGCAACUCCCGUGAUCGCGGCGUGACAGAUGUCGUUCGGCAACAUUACAAUGCGGUCCCUGAGCGUGGUCGUGAAUGGCGGAAAACUGAGAGUAAGAUCAAGGGACUCCGGAGCUUCAACAAUUGGGUGAAGAGUACUCUGAUUCAGAAGUUCUCGCCUGAUGAGGAGUUCGCCGCGAGGUUUAAUGAUACCAAGGACUGGGCAGAUGACAGUAUGGGUCCCCCGCCUAUUGAUGACAAGCGGCUGCUGGUGUUGGAUCUGGGUUGUGGCAAGGGUGGCGAUCUGGGCAAGUGGCAGCUGGCGCCGCAGACGGUUGAUCUCUAUGUUGGUCUGGACCCUGCCAAUAUCUCCAUUGAGCAGGCGCAGGGCCGGUAUGACCAGAUGCGCUCCGGUCGUGGUCAGCGAGGCCGCCGUCCUCCCCAGCCGAUCUUCCAUGCUGAGUUCUACCCCAAGGAUUGCUUUGGAGAGUGGCUGGGUGAUAUCAACAUCAUUCAGCAGGUUGGUAUUGAUGCGAAUGCCGGACCGGGGGGUCGAUCAUGGCUUCGCGCUACGGUGGUGGUGGCUUCGACGUUGUCACAUCCAUGUUGCUUGAAGAAGGGCGGUCGCUUCAUUGGCGUUUGUCCAAACUCAGAUGUCAUUGCCGGCCAGGUUUCCAACUUCCACAAGAAGCGCAAGGAGCGCGAGGCUGCCAAGCCUGCUGAGCCCGAGGGUCCUGAGGAUGGCGAGGUUGAGGAGGAUGAGCGGGCCUCUUGGGGCAAUGAUAUUUACCGGGUUCAGUUCCCUGGUGCCACACCAGAGGAUGGAGUCUUCCGUCCUCCUUUUGGUUGGAAGUACAGCUAUUUCAUGCGCGAAGCUGUUGAGGAGGUGCCUGAAUACGUUGUCCCAUGGGAGGCUUUCCGAGCUUUGACCGAGGACUACAACCUUGAGCUACAAUACCGCAAGCCCUUCUUAGAUAUUUGGGAAGAUGAGAAGAAUGACCGUGACCUUGGACCUUUGAGUGAGCGCAUGGGUGUCCGGGACCGCGCCACUGGUGCCCUGGCCAUGACGGAGGAGGAGAAGGAGGCAGUCAGCUUCUACCAUGCCUUCUGUUUCUACAAGGUCUAG